UAAACUAUAUUGCAGGAAGGAAACACCGAUUGUCCGUCCUCUGUAGUUUCGCAAUCUCAAUCUCGUGUAUUUAUUACUGCCCAGUUUAUUCUGCUUUCACGGUGCUUCUUCCUCAAUCGGGACCAGGCAGCUCCGGGAGAAACGUCGCUCUGCUCUUCCUGCUGAUAGAAAGUCACAGGUGACGACAUCUGAAGAUGGAAAAAGGAAACCCGCCAGUGAACGACCCAUCUCCACCCUACCCCGACCAGCCCGCCAACUACGGGGGUACAGCGCCUCCGCCAGGGAUGUACCCUCAGCCGGGCUUCCCCUCUGCAGGACCUCCUCCCGCUGGAUACCAGUCAGGUGUUCCUUAUACUACCACCAAUGUCUCAUCUGUUACAGUCUCAACAGGUCGAGUGAUCGUAACUCCAGCACUUCAGGACAUCGCUGGACAAACCGUGUGCCCCCACUGCCAGCAGCAAGUGACCACCAUCGCAACGCUCAAACCGGGCCUGCUGACCUGGGCUGCCUGCGGCGGCCUCGCCAUCUUUGCGUGCUGCCUUUGCUGCUGGAUCCCGUUCUGCGUCGACGCCUGUAAAGAUGUGGAGCACAGCUGUCCAUCCUGCCACAAAGUUAUCUACAUAUACAAGCGACUUUGAGCGUGAGGGGCUUUUCUGUAGCUGAUUAAUAGCCUUACUUGCCCGACAACUUUCUUGGGAUACAGAUCAAAAUGAAAAAAACUCUACUCCUGACUGAGAGAAUCAGCAAUCGGUGGAUUCUUUGUAAAUAAAGAAAUAAUAUGAGAAUAACAUUAAAUGCCUUCUGUGGUUAAGCAUCAUUGUUUACGCUGACAUGAGUCCAGCUGGUUGUUGGAUGUGUUGAACUUUCUGCUGUGCAUCUUUGUGCUUCCUCUCUGCUCGACCGCCUCACUUUCCCCCCCGGUGGUCUUUUCUCAUUGCGCCUCAUUGUUUUUUGUUUCUAUGUUUGACUUAAUGAGUCUGCACAGUUUUCAGUCUUGUUUUUCUUUUAAAAUGAAAUUGUUGGAUGUAAUCUUUCAACGCAUAAUAAAGUGAUUCUGUGAGCUGG